UCCGUUUAUUCUUACCACUGCACUGACCGGCAGCCGAAGUGUGUGCAACCCUUAACCGCUGUUGAAUUGUUGACUGGAAGGGUAUAACAGUAACUGCUACACGCCGUUGCUUUCAGUGAGGUCCGCGCCUUGGUCCCGGAGUGUAGGGAGGAAAUUGAACACCGUUCGGUUCGCGCGGUGGCUGUGUUAUAUAGUAGCGCUAACAGGCGCUCUGAGUUCAUUUAAUCGAUGAUCGCUUCCCAUCCAUGCCUUUGUGUUUAUCUGGUGUAAAUCAGAAAGGAAGAGAGCGGUAGAAAAAAAAAAAACAGAGUUCCCCUGAAAAUAGAAUCUGGAAGAAAAAGGGAAAGGUGAAUUUGAGAGUUGCAAUUCGCCGAUCUCUUCUGGUACGCAGUAACAAAACUGUUGACAGCAGCGGCCUGGCUUUGUGCACGGUGUCCGGUGUCACACAAUGAGUGCCAUGACACCUCAUUCACUUCCAGUGGCUCUUUGAUGUUUGGAUUUUAACCGCUGGGAUUCUUCCACUCAGUCGUCCGUUCAUUGUGUCAAUCAGUACGUGUGUCUGAAACUGCCCUGCAUCAUGUGGACGUUACUGCAGCUGGCAGUGUGCCUGUGUGCGCUGGGCGUUUGUGUAGUAUUUGCCCGUGACCCAGACUUUGAUGUACCUGUGAUUAAUGUGACCAUAACAGCCGGGAUGACAGCGGUGUUACCUUGCUCUGUCAACAAUCUGGGCAACCAUCUGCGUCGACAUUCCAAGCCGCAGGUGAUUUGGACCAACCCAAAGGCCGUGUUGUUGACAUUUGAAAACAAGCGAACAACAGAUGAUGAUCGAAUCAGCAUUAACCGUCCUUACAUUAAGGAAUGGAAUCUCCACAUCCGGGAUGUCAAGUAUUCAGAUCAAGGAGAAUACACCUGUCAGAUUAACACCGACCCGGUCAAAACAAAAAAAGUCUACCUGCAUGUGCAAGUUCCAUCGGCAAUCAUCGAUCAACUGUCAUCGUCGGACAUGGUUGCAGAGGAAGGGGACACCGUGAUGCUAGUGUGUAAUGUAACGGGUGUGCCCCACCCAGAGGUUACAUGGUUUAGGCUCCCCACCCAGGCAGGCACCCAGAAAGAAAAGAUCGGUGUCAGCGGUGAGAUUUUAAUCAUCCACAACGUCUCACGUUUCUGUGAUGAUGUUUAUGAGUGUGUAGCGUACAACGGAGUUCCUCCUGCGGUUAAUCGACAGAUACGAGUCACAGUACAAUUCCCACCUGAAAUCCAGCUUCCAAACCGGAGAAUUGGUCAAGUCAGGGGGAGAGAAACCAUCCUGGAAUGUAUCAUCACAGCAUAUCCUCACACUCUGAACUACUGGAAGAGGUUUGGAGAGGAGAUUGAAAACAACGACAAGUACCAGGUGGAUGUCUAUGAAGAAGGGGAAGAUACUCUGACCCUUAGUUUGAGAAUUCGCUCUUUACAAGAGGAGGAUUAUGGGAAAUACACAUGCGUCUCUAUUAAUCCUGUAGGAUCUGAUGAAGAAACAAUGUAUUUAUAUGAGAGGAAAAAAAUCAAAACCACAACGACGACAAUGUCAACUAUACCCAGCACACACAGCAAAGCCACACAGCCAGACUUGGUCACCUGGCGACCACCCAGCAAAGUUCCCACGGAUCCGCACAAGCAACCCGGUAAUCAAGGCUAUCUUCCAGGUGAACAUGGAGAGAAAGAUUUGAACCGAGGAGAAAUAGAUAUUGUCACAAAGGGCCUAUCCAGAGAGACCCCACCUCAAAAUGACCAGCACCCGGGCAAGUCUGGAGAAAAGAUGGAGUCGAAAGGAAAUUUAGCCAACAAAGGGGCUUAUGCCUGUAUAUUUAUUGUCGUCUUUUUAUCAGCUUUAACCUCCAUAUGUGUGUGGAAGCGAACAUGAGACAAGCAGUGGAAAUGGAUGUGGAAGUAAAUUGUUAAUGUGACACAUCUGGCAGUACUUCACAAAAUACUGUCAGCUUUGUUCUGUCAUGACAUCAUUUCAUGACAAUGGUGUAUGGGACCAGCAUUUUUCAGCAUGACAUUACAAACUGUUGCCAUGGUUACCAACAUGGUGGUUUCAUGUGAAUGUGAAUCUUACUAUCUUCGCCCUAAACGCUCAGUCAACAUUUCUACUUGGGCUUCCAGCAUCGCCUCGCCAUUUCUUCUAAAAAGUUUGAUUUGGUGCAAAGAAAAAAUGUGUUUUCCUCAAAAUGGAAGACAAAAAGGUGAUCUACACGAACCAAAUGAAUGAGCCAUUUUUUUGGCCUAAAUACAAUAAAUGCAAAGGUUGUUUUCGUGGCUCAGAUCAAGAUUCUUUACAAAAAAUGCCACGCUAAAACGACAAAACAUCAAAUUUUUCAGUUGGACUCGAUAACAGAAAGGGGACAUAACUCUUCUGAGCUAACUGAUUCACUGUUUGUUCUAUGUAGCAGUAUUGGCAGGAACACACUGGUACAUUGUGCUUCUAGAUGAAGUAUUGAUGCACUUGAAAGGAAAGGCUAGUCAUAUUUCUUGCAGGAAUGAAGAGUUUGCAGAAAACUUUCUGCUGGGAGAACUGUUGGUUGAUUUUUUUCUCAAAUGUACAUGAACAUUUUAUUAAUAUUCGUACAUGUACAACAGCCCAACAAGUUGAGCAGAGGCUGUAAAAAACAAACUGGAAUUAUGAGUGUGAAAAUCUUGUUUAUUAAUUUCAUCAAAUUUUCUGACACAUCCCAUAAUGAUCAAUGCAGUUAUGAUCUUCUAUUGUUUGAAUUUUUUUUAUGUACUGUGCUCAAAACUGACUCUGUUGCCAUGUCUGUUCACAAUUAUGUGCUUUAUUCAUUUUGUUGAUGAUCCAAUGUGUAAUUAAUCAAAUCAGCAUUGUUCUGUUAAUAAGAAAAUCUGUGAUUUUAUUGGUGGCGAUAUAUGUGUAAAUGUACAUGUAUUUAAGUCACAAUACAGUGUUUUAUUGUUUGUUUUUUUGUUUUUUUUUUAAACUUGUGAAAGAAACUUGUGCCAAACUUCUAUUAAAGUAAACAACUCUGUUUUUUUUUUUUAACAUAUGGUGUUUCCAUAACAAAUUAUGGAGUUAUAAUAAAUUAUUGUGUGAUUUUUAACUCUUUAUGAAACAUAGUGUACAUCCUGUAAAAUUGAUGAAACUGUUCGUUCCACAAUAAGUUGAUAAAUGACAUGUAUAUCUUAUCCCUUUCAUUUUAAGUGGGCUAGCUACUCCCAAACAAUUAUGCACCUGUCUGUUGAUGUACAAUUCCAUUAUGCUGAUACAAUUAAGUCUGCAGACAAAGUUUUCUGUACAAAUUUUCAGAACAAAACUAUAUGGUACUGGUUCUGUUUUAUGACAUGUGAUCCAAAAACAAAAUUAAUAACAAAACAAAUUGUUUGCAAGAGUGUUACUAUGAUGUCCAUGGUAAUAUUCCACCAGUAUCUGUAAAUAUCAGCCGAUAAGUUUUUUUUUGUCAGAAAAAUCCACAUUUAGCUAGCCUGCUGAGCUAUUUGGAUUUAGUUUAUGCUAUGCUCCUCCUCUCUACCCAAAGAUUACAAUAUAUAGAGAACCUGCAUCGAAAACUUCGAACAUGUUUAGAUCCAGCCCACUUUUGUUCAAAUGUAUGGUUGGUCCAACUCUGACAGAAUCUACCAGUAAGAUUGGACAAAAGCAGUGACCCCCUCUGUAUUAAUCACUAAACAGAGCUGCAUCUCUGUAUCUAGUGCAGUGGG